CCGGAAGUGUCGUAAAGCGGGUUGAUGCUGACAUUUUGAAUCAAGUGCCGCUAAAGCUAAAACUAGUUAGCUUAUUGUUUUAAUUAUACGUUCUAAUCCAGGCGUUUAUUUAUAAAGGACUGCCGAGUGAUGGUUGUUCUUUAGAAGCAAAACCUAACAAAAACGAGUGCAUCAUGAGCAACAAUAACGAGUCAACGGCAACAAUGAACGCAGAGUUCAACGGUUUUGUUCGGGAUAUGAAACCAUAUAUCAUUAAACACCCCAACGAGAGUGAGCGCCAGCAUUGUGCUUUAUGGAUAAAGAAGUUGAGCGACCCGGCAACAUGUGGCUCAAGCCUUAAUGGCCACAACAACCGCAAUCUGUACGCUCGUUUGCUUCUUCACAUGCUCAGAAGGGGUGUCCUGGAAGGUCCAUUUGCCAGCAAACCAGAACCUGGUAACCUCAGGGCCCUUCCUACUUACAUGUCCAUUUAUUUUGACGAACCUAUCAACGGUCGACCUGUGGACCACUGCAAAGCAACUCUUCCUGACUGGGUGACAGGAGAGCUGGUUGGCUGCACUAAUGACAGUUUGGCUGCUGGCCUCCCGAAGAACACUUCUACACCUCACACAGCUUAUUUCAGUAGCCAGCUGAGUAAGGAGAAGACCCCACGAGGAGGAGCCACCGCCUCCAGCCCCCUCAAGCACUCACCCAGACAUGAAGCCAGAGCGGGUGAUGGAGGGCGUAUGUCUCCCGAUGACAGUGACUUGGAGGCUCGACUCAACAGCUGGAACCUGCGGGUUGAAAACCCCAGGUACUUGCGGGAAAAGGUCAUUCCCUUGUCCCCGAUUUGCAAGCCCAGCUUUGUAAGGAGCAGCACGACGGACGAAGUGGAUUUGCAGCUUUUGCAAAGCAAGGAGGUAGACAUGAGGGUCAAAAUAUUGGAGUCCAAGCACCUGGAGGAGAAACUGAAAAUGCAGCAGAGACACGAUGUAGCUGUUGACAAAAUUCUGGACCGAAAGAAUGUGGAGAUUGAAGAGUUGACAACUCUAUUUCGGGCUCAGCAGAAGGAAUCCGAGGAGAUGAUCCACAAACUGGAGAGGAAAGUUCAAAGUAUGCUGAAGGAAUCCACGGUUAUCUGCGAGAGCAAAGACACGCAGAUUGCUGAGCUGAAGAAGAUGACCGACCAGAGUGCCGAUUCUUUGAAAAAUGAGUUUGAGAGGAAGCUGCAUGCAGUAGUGGCAGAAAUGGAGAAGGAGAAGUUCGAACUGCAAAAGAAGCAUUCGGACAAUAUCCAAGAGCUGCUGGAGAACACCAAGAUACGGCUGGCAAAGAUGGAGUCAGAGUAUAACGCUCGCUCACAAUCCACUAUGCAAAUUGUGUGUGAGCUGGAGCAGCAAGCCAAGCAGCAGUCUGUGGAAGUAGAGAAAAGCAACGCCUUGUGUCAGAAAGCGACACAGGAGAAGGUCCAGCUGGAGAUCCACCUUGCAUCCAUCAAUGUCGAACUGCAGGAGGCUAACAGAAGGUUUAUGGUCCUGCAGAAAGACAAAGACGAGCAGAGCGUGCUGUUUGAGCAGACCUUACAGAAGUUCCAGGCCAAACACGAAGCCGACGUGAACCAUUUGCACAAGGAGCACGCGCUGUCUGUGGCCAAGGCGUCUGAAGUAAUGGAGGACUUUGAGAAAAGUAUUUCUGAGCUCAAACAGCAGCUCGUGGUCAGUGAACAUCAGAGACAGACACAAGCUCGGGAUCAGGAUUUGAAGUUCCAGCAGGAAAAAGAGGAGCUGCAGAUCAGCUACAACGCAAAGGUUCUAGCGCUGCAUAGCGAGGUGGACAAAGAGAGAACAGAGGACAGGAGGAAGACGGCCAAACUGGAGGAUGCGUUCAGAGACAUGGAAAAGCAGCUGGACAGAACCCGGGAGAGCCACAGGGUGCAGCUCCAACAGGCCCACGUUGCACUGGAGCAGUUCAGGAGGCAGGUGAAGCUCAGCUCCGAGAAGGCCGAGACCGAGAUGAAGCUCCAGAUGGAGAAGGUUGAAGAGGACCUGCAGCACUCCAGGUGUCUCCGUGAAAACCAAACAAAGGAGUUCUCGCAGCAACUCGAUGCCGUCAGAGAAAGAUUUGAGCAGCAGAUGGCUGAGCAGCGCGCCAAGCACGAGCAGGAGAGGACGCGCCUUCAACAGCAGCAUUGCGCCGAAAAGGAGCGCCUGGUCCAGGAGCGCCAGCGGGAGGCGGGCAGCCUGGAGAGCCAGGCCAGGGCCGCCCUGGAGCAGCACCACAAACACAGCCAGGAGUGGAGGAAGCGUGAUGGCCAGGUAGGGGGUCUCUAUCUCCAAUCAUCCCCUCUUUCUUUUCCUGGGGGUCUUAAAAGCACAGCGGGUCACUGGACACUUGGCGAAUACGUGUCCAACAUGGCGGCAUGUUUACUUGAAGGGAAUCGCCGUUAAAAACGGGAGUUUAUUGAAUCCUGGGGGAAAAAGUUACUUUUGAUUCGAUUCAGAAUUACUUUGAUCGCUAGCAUUUUUUGAUGGAGAAGUGGUAGACAUUUCACUGCAACAAAUGAAAUCUAAGUAAGGUUAAAUAUGUCAAAUAAGGGUGAUAUUUGUUUAUUUUCUGUCUGAUACGAUCAUUCUUCUCACUAAGCAGAUUUUAUGUUAGAGUGUUUUACUUGUUUUAAGUGUUUUGCUCCUAAAUGAUGUCAGUAAGAUAUUACAGCUUGUUGCUGAGAUGUUAUGACCUAUAUUGAGUAAAACAUGCUUGAAACUAGAAUAUCAACACUCACAAGUAUAAAACUACUUUUUUAAAGUAAUAAUUUCUUAUGAUGCCGAGCGCAUAUCAUUAUGUCAGAUAAUGGCACUAGCAUUUAAGAAUAUUUGUCAACAUAUUGAGCAAAAAGGUCUAAUUUUUUAUUCUACCAAGAAAAGUGCGCUUGUUAUUAGUGAGAAUAUACUUAUUUUAAGCUAUUUUUGGGUUCAUUGAGGUUAGCUAAUUUGACUUGUUUUGGAAAGUCUUAAAAAGCCGAAUGUUCUUGUUCUAUUGGCAGAUAACUUUGCUUAGUUCAAAUAAAAUACCCCUCAUUUUUGUAUCGUUUUUUCUUGUUUUUGAACACUGACUUUUUGCAGUGUGGUAGCUGGGUGGAACACAAAUGAACAAAUUCAAAAGAUGGUUAGACAAAAACAGACUAUCUUUCAAUCUCAGUAAGACUAAAAUAAUGCUAUUUGGCAACAGUAGAAGAGAAAGUCAGACGGAAUAGGACUUGAAAGUAGGGAUGUCCGAUAAUGGCUUUUUGCCGAUAUUCCGAUAUUGUCCAACUCUUUAAUUACUGAUACCGAUAUCAACCGAUACCGAUAUUGAUAUAUGCAGUCGUGGAAUUAACACAUUAUUAUGCCUAAUUUGGACAACCAGGUAUGGUGAAGAUAAGGUCCUUUUUUUUUUAAAAUUAAUAAAAUAAAAUAAGACAAAAAAAUUAAAAACAUUUUCUUGAAUAAAAAAGAAAGUAAAACAAUAUAAAAACAGUUACAUAGAAACUAGUAAUUAAUGAAAAUUAGUCAAAUUAAGUGUUAAAGGUUAGUACUAUUAGUGGAACAGCAGCACGCACAAUCAUGUGUGCUUACGGACUGUAUCCCUUGCAGACUGUAUUGAUAUAUAUUGAUAUAUAAUGUAGGAAGCAGAAUAUUAAUAACAGAAAGAAACAACCCUUUUGUGUGAAUGAGUGUAAAUGGGGGAGGGAGGUUUUUUGGGUUGGUGCACUAAUUGUAAGUGUAUCUUGUGUUUUUUAUGUGGAUUUAAUUAAAAAAAAAAAAAAAAAAAAAAAAAAAAGAUACCGAUAAUAAAAAAAACCGAUACCGAUAAUUUCCGAUAUUACAUUUUAAAGCAUUUAUCGGCCGAUAAUAUCUACUUGAAAGAGUAAAUGAAACCAAAUUUCUAGGUAUAAUGUUUCAUGAUAAAUUGAAUUGUAAAUCUCAUGUAAAAAAUAUACAACAUAACAUAGCAAGAAAUGUAUAAAUAAUGAAUAAAGCAAAACAUGUUCGAGACCAAAAAUCACGUCAUAUUCUCUACUGCUCGCUAGUGUUACAUAUCUGAGUUAUUGUCUAGAAAUAUGGGGAAAUAACUACAAAAGUACACUUCAUUCACUGACUGUGUUACAAGAAAGAUCAGUUAUAAUAAUACAUAAUGUCGGAUAUAGAGAACAUACAAACCCUUUAUUUAUUGAAUCAAAAAAAAUUCCACGACAUAGUGAACUUGCAAACAGCUAAAAUGAUACACAAAGCAAACUAUAAUCUGCUACCCAAGAAUGUACAACAAUUCUUCUCAACAAAAGACAAAUAUAAUCUUAGAGCAAAAUGUAAUUUCAAACAUUUGUACGCACGUACAACACUUAAGACCUUCAGUAUAUCAGUAUGUGGAAUUACAUUAUAGAAUGGAUGAAGCAAAGCAAUGAAACAAUGUACUAAUAUGAUCCACUUCAAGAAACUCUUCAAAGUGUUUACAAAGUACAAAGAAGAAGAACCAUGAUAAACAUUCUCAAUUUAUUUCAUUCAUCCAUUCAUUUUCUAGAUAAUCUUACUCAUCUCUCCAUAUGAAAUAUAACUUACUUCACCAAUUAUUAUUUAUUUAUUUUUAUUACUUAUGGACCAGGGGUCACCAACCUUUUUGAAACCAAGAGCUACUUCUUGGGUAGUGAUUAAUGCGAAGGGCUACCAGUUUGAUACACACUUAAAGGCCUACUGAAAUGAAAUUUUUUUAUUUAAACGGGGAUAGCAGAUCUAUUCUAUGUGUCAUACUUGAUCAUUUCGCGAUAUUGCCAUAUUUUUGCUGAAAGGAUUUAGAAUAGAAAAACGACGAUAAAGAUAGCAACUUUUGGUAUCUGACAAAAAAAAGCCUUGCCCCUACUGGAAGUAGCGUGACGUGGACAAUUGAACAUAUCCGCAAAGCUCCCUAUUGUUUGCAAUGAUGGCCGCCAGAUCUGAGAGCGAUUCUGACCGAGAUAGCGACGAUUUCUCCAUUAAUUUUGAGCGAGGAUGAAAGAUUUGUGGAUGAGUAAAGUGCAAGUGAAGGACUAGUGGGGAGUGGAAGCGAUUCAGAUAGGGAAGAAGCUGUGAGAGGGAUAGAGCCAUAUCGCUUUGAACCCGACGCUGAUGAAGACGGUCAGGAGGACGCUGCUGCUAUUGAUGCUGGAGGAGCACACGACAUAGAUCGCCUUGAGAAUACAGAAUGGUAAUAUGUUAUUUAUUUAUAGACUAGUUUUAGUUUGUGGCCUAGUCUUGCACUGUUACUGUUAGUGUUACAACUUACACCCCAGGCCUAUCUAUACACUAAGUAUCUAUCAUUGACACAAUGUGUUACUGUUAGUGUUACAACUUACACCCCAGGCCUAUCUAUACACUAAGUAUCUAUCAUUGACA